CAAGAAUUUCCUCUUUACCAUCAAUCACUUGCAUUAAUAGCAAUUUUUCAUCCCUUUAUCAAUAUUCGCAGAAAAAGGUCUCAUUUCAAGCUCCAUACGUCACCACCCUUCUGUCCUCUAAAAAUAACUGUGUGAUAACAUUUAUAACAUUACUUGCUUGCGUUUUCGCCUCAGAAGAGUCAAAGUCGGGUUGGCUGACGAAGCUCGGUGGCAACGCUCUGAGGAAGACAUGGAAACGUCGUUGGUUUGAAUUGCGAGGUAACUUCUUACGCUAUUAUAGGCACCAGUCCGACAAAGAGCCUGCCGGUGUUAUCAACCUCACCGCCUACAAUUCAAUAUGUCAGGAUUCCUCGGCGACAAAGAAGUCGCCAAACUGUAUACGAAUCGAAAAGGUCAUACGCGAAUCGGAUUCCAUCCACUCAAACCUAAGCUAUCAUGAACCUUCGGUGAAGAAACAACCUACGUUCCUGGCGUUCGCCGAUACCGAAGCUGAAAUGCAGGAAUGGAUAUCCGUGCUGGAGAGGCAUCUGGGCGGAAGGAAUAUUGCCGACAUUGUUCUUGACAGAUUGGAGUUGACCGGAAACAUUGGAAUGCAUCGUAGACAGGCCAGCUACGGUUCGUUAAGUUCUUUCUACUCGAGGAAUAGUAAUGUCUGUUCAACGCCGGAAUCCGCCUUAUCCUCAAGACGUCCGUCGUUGGAUUCAUUGAGCCUGGGAACUCCCUCGUUGGACUCGAGGAAGAGUUCGAUCGAUUCUUUUCACGGCAAUGCCACACCACCAAACGGAAGCAACAACAAUGGGGUUGUCUCCACGACGCGCAAUCUCUCCCAACCAUCAUCUCGACCCGAGACACCAUCAAAUUUGGUGGCGUUGCUUGGACUCGGUCAACCGAUCCUGCGUAAACCCGCUUCCUCGUCAGCUCUGCAAGACCGACGAGGGAACGCCAACGGUGCCGAGAACGGUUGCCAACCAAGCUCACAACAGCAAGGUCACGUUCGCAAACUGUCGUUAAACAUCAGCAAGGAACGGUUGGCGCCGUUGAUCAUGGUGCACGGAGAGAACUCGAAAUUCUCCUCGUCACCCGAUGUUGUCAAUUUUUCGAACGGCAAUGGAAUCAGGGCGUCGACUAGCAGUGGAAGUAUAAAUAGCGCGUUCAACAUCGCGCACAGUCCGCUCAAUGGUCCAUUCACAAGCAGCGCGUUAAACGGUAAUAAAAAGAGAGACAAUAAUAAUAAUUGUGGUAGCGUCCAAUCAAAUUUUCCGACGAACGCAACGGUGCCCCCGUCGCCCGUCACACCGUUGGCCAACGUUUUCCCGAGUCAUUUGUCUUGA